UUGAAGUUUCUGGAGAGGGUGGAGAGUGGGUUAGUCUUUCUGCGCCUGCGCGUUUGUCGCAGCAAUGAGACUGGUUUAGCUGUUGUUGGUUGUUGAAACAGGCUGCUAAUGAGAAGGUAGAGCGUACAACAAGCUGUACAUCUUUAGAAAAUAAGGAGAGCGACAGUAUUUCAAGUGCCAAUAUUUUUGUAAAUGUUUUGGUAAAAGGCACUGUUUUUGGGGUUUAGAAGAUUUCGUGUAAUCCAAAUACACUUUCCAAGAAGCUUGGUAUGGCAGAGUGGGCUUGAAAAAACCAUUUGGAGUACAAUGCCAAGACAGUAUAUUGAAUCCAGUUCAGAAACAAUGGAAUAUCAGAUUGCCCCAAAAACUCUGCAGCAUUUUGGUAUGAAUGGAAGCCAUGACGCCCUCAGAAAAAAUUCUCAUUCACGGAGCUCCACCCUUGAGGAUGAUGCCCUAAAGUCCCUGACCCAUGAGGAAAAGGAGUGCCUAAUGUUUUUUGAGAAAACCAUAGAUUCUUUGGAAAAACAAGACCUGUCUUCUGGGGACAGUACUGCUGUGAAUGACAGGUCUACUCUGACUUUCAUAGAGGAAAGAGCUCCAAGCCCAAAAGAAGAAAUCAUUGAUCUGGUUCAAGUAAACCCUGAACAAGCAGAAUACAGAAAUGCUAUUAACCAUUCCCCAUUGCCAGUCGGGAAGAUCUACAUAAAGCAACAGGAUGAAUUUAAACUAAAACAGGAGAUAACUGAAAAUUACCACCCUUUAGACUAUUACCCUCCUCCUCCACCUAUGGUAACAUCUCCAAAGUGGGACAGACCCUUGCCAGACACCUUGGCAGACCAGAGCCAACACUCGUUUGCUUAUUUUCCCCCUAUAGGCUCCAUUCCCACUCCUGUCGUAAUUGCCCAAAAGAUUUCAGAGAGACAGGCAGGGAACGGGCACACGUCUCCAACCUCAAUUCUGGGUGAGAGGAGAAGGAGUUUAAGGGACAAAAGUCCUUCCUUAUCUGCUGAUAACUCGGGCAAACUAGGAACUGUUCCAAAGCCUGGUAGGUUUCCAAGCAACAUCAUUAUCAUGGGGAGUGGCAAGGAAUAUAACCAGACCAUCUCAAAAGCCUCUGUAAAUGUGCAGGAACGCAAAGUACAGAUGCUAGCCAACCUAACCGGGGCUCCCCACUUCUCCCCUGAACUGGAGGAGAUGGCAGUGAGAAAGGCCUCACACAGGAGCUUAUCCUUUAGAGACCCAGCACCUGAACAAACCAGGACUGAAGCGCUGUCCAAACUGGGUCUUGUGAAAGAGAAGACCCUAACUGAUCACUACAGGCAGACUGGUUACAAGUCCAUAGUUGUGAACCCCGGUCAAGUUCUUACAAGCAAAACUCAAACAGUUUCUAAUGAACCUGAUAGUGAUUACAGCAGUGCCAAAAAAGAAGCUUCAGUUGAUCUAUAUGUGCAGAGUGAUUACAAGUCCAAGAUUGUGAAACCAAGUCAAGCCUCUCCUAGCAAAACUGAGGCAUUGUCUGAUGGACCUCCAAAUGAUAAUAACAUUGCCAAAAAAGGAGCCUCUACUGAUCACCAUGGAGGAAUUAGCCUCAAGUCCAUGGUUGUACCCCCCAGUUACAGUCCUUCAAUCAACACUGAGAUUAUGUCCAACGCACCUCAAAACAGUGACAGUAGUGCUGAAACAGGAGCUCUGCCUGCUUACUCAAGGGUGAAGUCAGUCACAUUUGGACCAGAUGCCUGUUCCACAGGAAUGUUUUCUCACCACAAUGGAUCCAAGAGUUUUAGUGGAAACAAAAGCAGGUCCCUAGACAUAAAGAGGACUUGCUCUGUACCCAAAACAUCUGGUUUUAGACCACAAGGAGUUACAGUUCAGUUCUCUGGUCGCAGUUCCACUGAUGAAUCAAGAAGGGAAGCCCUGAGAAAACUUGGUCUUCUAAAGUAAAAUAAAUAUUUAUUUAUUGGAAAAAGAAA